AUGUGUGGAGCCUUAAUAAGGAGGAGAUUAACACCUUCCUUUCAAGAACUUCUGGGAACUGACUGGAAGCAGAGAUGGGAUGUCUUAAAAGUGACUGAUAAGCUUGCUCCGGAACAGCACAACCUUUCUUUAGACUCCAUGGAGCUCCUGCUGACGACAAGCACUGGGCACAGCGCUGCACAAGUGGCCUUAACAGAAUCUGCUUCAGGACCUCAGCAGAGCAGUUCUCUCCAUGUCAUAGCCUCUCCGUCUGCCACUGCUUUUGAUACAGCCUUUUUUAACCAAGGAAAGCAGAUCCAAAGUACAGCAGAUCACAAUGUCUAUGUGGCCAAUUACGUGUCAGUGACGAGUAAUGAAGUGGCCAUGGAUGACGAUGAAAUGGAUAACUUUUUGCCAGAUACUCACUGGACCACUGCACAGAUGGUUUCUCCAAUACGGUGUGUCACAUUCAGCCCACCAGGGAUACCCAGAGAAGUGUUAGAGCCUGUGCUCACUCCUUCACUACCUGUGAUUUCUCUCCAAGACAAAGAAGUGCCGUCAGCCUGGCAAAACACAAUGCAACAGCCAGUGACAUAUGCUGAAUUUCCCAGUCAUUUUCAUGCUUUUCUGUCGGCUUUUCCCACCUCUGAGGGCGUAAUUCCACCUUCUAGUAUGAAUUUGGUGCUUUAUCCUAGUGAUAUUUACAAUCAGUUGUCAAGCAGGACUUUGCCAGAGAUUGUGGCUUCAGGGACAGAAGAUGUGGAAACCACCCUCCUUUUUAGCUCCUGGUCUUCAGUGCCUCGGCUGUUGGGCAGUGGCAUUACUCACCAGGCGUUUUUGUCCUUGGGGGAGGUCUCACAGCCUCCACAGGAGGUUUUGGUCACAAGUACAGACAGAUACACUGAUAUGAUCAGUGCGUUGAGUCAAAGCCUAGAGGAAACCAUCUCUACAAGAGCAUACCCUGCUCUAACUGUGUCACAUGCGGCUCUUGGGGUCAGCAGGACACAUUCUGCUUUCUCUUCAACCCCUCUUGUGUUUGUAUCCUCUUCUGCCCAAUUAGUGAGUGUUUCAUAUAACCCCUUUCUUCCUAGCGACUCCAGUGAAACAUCAGAAUUGCUUGGCAACUCAGUAAUCCCCAGUCACACGGACAACACUCACAUCCUGAGCCCAGUGUCUUCAUUCAGACCUUAUCUGUGGUGCAUGUCCUGCGCUAUUAUGUCACCUCGGCAAGUUCUGGCCACAAGUCUCAUGGAGAAAGACAUGGGCUCGGGGGAUGGUGCAGAGACCUUGUCCGUGACCAUGUUAGAAGAAGGCAGCAUCUCUCUGUUGAGUAGUGCCAUAGUGGACUUCUCUGAAUUUGAGGAAGACUCUCAAGAAUAUAACACACUUUUUCCAUUACGACCUAUAGUCCCCCUUUCUUCUAGACCUGUGGAAAUCUCAGAAACAAGUGUUGGUGUCUCAGCCGAGGUGGCUAUGAGUAGCUUUACGGCUACACAAGGGCAACCUUCCCUCAGCGGCCUCUCUGCACUGUCAACACUUGAUCCUCUCACUGGCCUCUCCCAUGUUGCUGAAACCCAAGUAAUGCCUUCUGGUCUGACUGCUACAUUCUUGGGCAUCACCACCGUUCUCCUUGACUCAUCUUUCUCCCUCAUAGCAAGCAAAAACACACCAUCGCUAACCAUCAGAGACCCAGGUCUUUUUGUGUCUCAUAGUUUGGUUCCAUCAGUAGAGUCUUCACUUUUCUCUGACCAAGAACCUGGUAGUUUUUUUGAACAUAAAUCUGAAAGUGUCUUGAAUUUUGCAUCCAGCUUUUUCUCAACUCCCCCGCUGGAGCUCAGCAGCUCGAUCCCCUCCCCUUCAGAAGCACUCGCUUCUUUACUUUUGUCAAGUGACUCGUCACCCUUCACGUCUCCGUCUUUUUCCACCUUGGUUGAGACACUUAGGUUGUCCAGCUCUGCUGAUUUGCAGUCACUUCGGCUUUCUCCUCCUAAUUUCACAGAUCUUGAGUUUUCUCAGCUCCAGCCAAGUUCAGACCUGCCUUUAAAUCCCAUCCCUUUCCUGCCUAGUCGCUCUGAAGCGUCAGCACGCUCAAGCUUCCCCUCGGAUUCUCUCAAGUUUGCUGAAGCAUCAGUGGUUUCACUGACAGAUUCUGAAGCUCAUCUUACCUCAGCUUUUACUGAAACUACCUCCGGUUUUGAGUUUUCACUCAUUCCCCAUGAGUCUGUAGUCACCAAACUGGUGCCCUCCAGCUCUGAGCCCGUCCUUGACAUCUUGACUGCUGGGACGCAUUCAACAUCACCGUUGACUGCUUUCCACACGACGCCUGUUGUAGAUGAGUCUCUUCUGUUCUUGACUCCAGCACCUUCUGAUGACCAGACCAGUGCUACCCAUGGUUACACGCCUAUCUUAACUUCCUUCUCCGAAGUCAUUCCCACUAGUACAGCGUUGAACACCAACGUGCACCUGUCAUCAGCUUCCAAGUUCAUUUCUGAGGUGAUCCCCUCACCUCUGCCAACAGAACUGACCUUCAUGGGCCCGUCAUUCACACCCACAGAUAUGUCACUGAACACCUCUGAACCAAGCAUACCUGACACGAGUCCUGUCGCUGGUAGUCCCAUCGCCACUGCCCUGAACAGCAGCACUGUGAGUUGGAGCCCCCCAGAAGGUGACACUGCUCCUCCCCUGCCAUCCUUUCAUCUCACGACCUCUUUCACUCUCGAAGCAGCAGUUGACACUCCAGUGCUGGCCACCGCCAAGCCGCCAUAUGUGUGUGACAUCACCAUUCCCGAUGCCUAUUUGAUCACAACUGUGCUGGCCAGAAGAGCUGUGCAGGAGUAUAUCAUUACAGCAAUCAAAGAAGUGCUGAGGAUUCACUUCAACCGUGCUGUGGAGCUGAAGGUUUAUGAACUGUUCACUGACUUCACUUUUCUGGUGACAUCCGGUCCUUUUGUUUACACAGCAAUAUCAGUCAUAAAUGUACUUAUAAACAGUAAACUUGUGCGUGACCAAACUCCUCUAAUCCUGUCUGUGAAACCAUCUUUCCUUGUGCCAGAGUCUAGGUUUCAAGUUCAGACAGUUCUUCAGUUUGUGCCUCCAAGUGUGGAUACGGGCUUCUGCAACUUUACCCAGCGCAUUGAGAAAGGCCUAAUGACAGCCCUCUUUGAAGUGAGAAAACACCACCAGGGGACGUACAACCUCACCGUGCAGAUCUUGAAUAUCACUGUCAGUUCCUCAAGGGUGGCUCCUCGGCGGGGCCCAGUGAACAUUAUCUUUGCAGUGAGAAGCACACAAGGAUUUUUGAAUGGGUCAGAAGUGAGUGAGUUGCUCAGGAACUUGAGCAUGGUGGAAUUCAGUUUCUACCUGGGCUACCCAGUGCUGCAGAUCGCAGAACCCUUCCAGUACCCACAGCUCAACUUAUCUCAGUUGUUGAAGUCCUCUUGGGUCAGAACAGUCCUCCUUGGUGUCAUGGAGAAGCAGCUCCAGAAUGAAGUGUUUCAAGCCGAGAUGGAGCGCAAGCUGGCCCAACUGCUCAGCGAGGUUUCUACCAGGAGGCGCAUGUGGAGGAGGGCCACUGUCGCCGCAGGGAACAGUGUGGUGCAGGUGGUGAAUGUGUCCAGGCUGGAGGGAGAUGAUGAUCCUGUGCAGCUCAUCUACUUCGUGGAGGAUCAAGAUGGAGAAAGACUCAGUGCAGUCAAGUCUUCUGAUCUGAUUAACAAGAUAGAUCUCCAGAGAGCAGCCAUCAUCUUGGGUUACCGAAUCCAAGGCGCAGUGGCCCAGCCUGUGGACAGGGUGAAGAGGCCAUCUCCAGAGUCUCAGAGCAACAACCUGUGGGUCGUUGUUGGUGUGGUCAUCCCAGUGCUGGUGGUGACAGUGAUUGUCAUCAUCCUCUACUGGAAACUCUGCCGCACGGACAAACUGGACUUUCAGCCUGAUUCUGUGGCCAACAUUCAGCAGCGCCAGAAGCUGCAGAUCCCUAGCGUGAAGGGCUUUGACUUUGCUAAGCAGCAUCUGGGUCAGCACAAUAAAGAUGACAUAUUGAUUAUUCAUGAGCCAGCACCACUGCCAGGACCCGUGAAGGACCACACCACACCCUCGGAAAAUGGAGAUGUGCCAAGCCCCAAGCCAAAGAUCCCUUCCAAGAACAUCCGCCACAGAGGAAGAGUUUCUCCCUCAGAUGCUGACUCUACGGUCAGUGAGGAAUCCAGCGAGAGGGAUGCAGGAGAUAAGACGCCAGGAGCUGUCACCGAUGGCAAGUCCCACAGAGUCCCACAGAGUGAUCUUUCUUCCAGCAGGUGGUUUGGUGUGAUCAGGUGGUUCAGCAUGGGAGUCACAUGUAGCUUCGUAGGCCAG